AUGACUGAUAUAAAGGCUUACUGUCAGUUCUGUUUAAAUAUCCAAACCAAAGAAGAUCUAAGAAUGCCCAUCACUAGGAAAAUUAAGCAAGACUUCUUUAAUCUGACUAGAAAAAAGCUUAAUACUACAGUUUACUGUGAGUUCAUAUGCUGUCAACCGUGUCUAGAAGAACUAGAAUCAGUAAUAUCAUUUAGAUCCAAGUUAUUAGGAAAUCAAUUGACACUAGAAAAACUACAAAAAGAUAUUUUAACAGUCGAGCAGUCAGAAAUUCAAGAAAUUAAGGAAGACACCACAAUUCAAAUAAUAGAUAAUGUCAAAGAAGAUAUCGAUCAUCCAGCAGAAAUGGAUAUAGAAUAUUUAGAAGAGCACAUAAUCGAGGAAGAGAAUGAAUGUCAAUUAAUAGAACCAGAGAAGCUUGAUGAUACUGAAGAAAUAUUUGAUGAUGACAUGAGCAGUAAACGGAGGAAAUAUCCUAGAAAACGAUUGAAGGAACCAAUUAAAUGUCCAAAAUGCGACCGACUAUUUUACUACAAAAGUUAUUUCGCGUUCCAUUUUAAGGACGUUCAUGAACAACAAUGUUCAGUUUGUCAUCAUUGUGGAAAAGUUUUUAAAAACAGUAGACGACUUAAUUCGCACAUAUUAAUCCAUAAUGUUGGAGAAAAACGAUUUAAAUGUGAGCAGUGUGCGAAAGAAUUCAAUUAUAGUGGAGAUCUAUUAAGGCACAAGAGAAUCCACGAACAAAUUAAGCCUUACAGCUGUCAUAUUGAAGGCUGUGGCAAGUCAUUUGUUCAAUCGUAUGCUUUAAAGCUUCAUUUGGAUGUACAUAAUAAUGUCAGAUUUAAAUGCGAUCGAUGUGCAAGUGAAUUUUCAGUCAAAACGACUCUAAAGAAUCACAUGCAAAAAUGCAUCAACGGAAUCUCACAGUAUAGAGCAUCAAAAAGUCGGAAGAAUAAUAAGGAACAUGUUGGAUCAAGAGAAAAGUACAAGUGCUUUAUGGACAGCUGUGAUCGUGAAUUUUCUAGUAGAAAGUAUCUAGGCGUUCAUUUGGAGAAGCAUCAUCAUACGAAGCUUGAUAAUUUUGAAACUACAUGCUUAGAAUGUCAAAUGGUUUUUGAUAAUGUUGGCGACUAUGCUAAGCAUGUAAAAAUCCACAGCUGUUUAUUUGAAUGCAACAUGUGUAAGCUCCGAUUUAAGACUGACGAGAAACUUAAGUCACAUAUUGAGAAGUUACAUAAAGAAGGUGAUGAUAGACCAUUUUCCUGUGAUGAUUGUGGAGCCAGAUUUAAGAGAAUGGAACAUUUAAGAGGUCAUCAGCUGUAUAAGCAUUCAAAUAUUAAGAAAUUCGAGUGCACAGAAUGUCCAUUAAAGUUCAGACAGCGAGGAGAAUUUAAUGUUCAUAUGAGAGUGCAUCAAGAUAUUAAACCAUUUAGUUGUUGGAUGGAAUCUUGUAAUCAUGUCUGUAAAACUAGUUCCAAUUUAAGACAGCACAUGAGGCUCGUUCAUAACGGUGAAAUUAAUAUUUAUUGCUGUGAGAUUUGUCGUGCAACUUUUAAAUACAAUGUUGAUCUUAAUCAGCAUAAAAAGGAUCACUCAAAUAGUACAGUUUACGAAAUUGUGGAGAUUAAUGCUGUAAAUUAA